AUGGCAUCGUCCCAAAUACGUCAGUUUGCCACCCUCAUAGAUCAGCUGCCCUGUGAAGCUGAUGAGUACAACCUGAUGGAAAAUUUCGAGAAUUACAACAAUUGUUUUGAAAGCUCUACGAAUAAUAAUAAGGGAAAAAAGACUGAUUCAUUUUCCCCCCUUAACUCCAACUUAAACGAUUAUAUAAAAAAUAUAUCGAAAGGUCAGGUGAACCCUAACGGGAGCAUCACAAAUAAUAGGAUGAAAAACUCCAUUUCGUCAAACGGUGAUGAUAGUUCGAAUAUAGAAAAUAAUACCAAUACGCAAAAUAAAAACAGUGAAGAAGAAAGUCUGAUGAGGUGCAACGGGAACAAUUUAAACAAAAACGAAUCCAACUCAUUCAUAAAGAAUGACCCCGUAGCAUAUUUCGAUAAACAAAAUAUGCUUUACGAAAAUGAUGUAGAUGUAAAUGCCAUGAAGAGCUACGAUGAACGCAACGCUCUAUUUAUCUAUGAUAACGAUUUGACUAGAGAUGAGCAGAGCAAUUACAUCGAGACGCUGAAUAGCGAAAUGGACAACAGGGGUUGUGAGUACGACGAAAGCAGCGAUAUAUCGGCGUGCAAGAAAAACGUGAUUGAAAUUAUCCACUGUAACAAUGAAUGUCUGACGGACACGAAGUUCGUCAGUGAUAGGAGCGGCGCUAGCCACAAUGGUAGCACCGGAGGCAAAAGUAGCGGAAGCGGCAAUAACGGGGCGGGAAAUACAGAUCAUUGGAACAAGAAUGGUGACGCAUCGCUGUAUAAGUUUAGCACUCCCUUCAACGACACAGCAUGCGAAGAGAAUGACGAAAAUAUCGUUUACAGGUACAGCCCCAACACCAUGCCCUCGAAUAAUGAUAGUUAUGGAAUCAAAAAGAAGGCCACCAAUUUUACAAAUGGUUCCCUUCCGAACAAGGAUGAGGAGCACGAUGCAGAUCAUUCAUUCCACAACAGCAAAAACCUUUCCCUCUCAGGAGGAGAGAGAAAAAAGGAAAGUCUUCAGGAUACAGCUCCGUUGGUCGAAGGCAAAGGAGAAAAUCACGAAAUAAAAGAUGAACGAAUGCAUGAAAAUACAAGUAUUAACAACACGCAAAAGUGUGACCAGAACAAUAGCAAACGGAAGGGAAAUAAGAACGCCCAGGUAAAAAACACCAUUGAUGAAAACUCAACGGUCAUUGAAUAUAAGGACUUUUGCGAUAUGGUAAAAAAGUGUGACGAAGUUAAUAAAAAUAUUUUAUUCUCCAAAAAGGCAAAGGUAAUCAAAUUGGACGCCAACAAAUCCCUGAUUAUUUUUCCUGUGAAUAUUCAUGAUUAUGGAGACAAGUACAUUGCAGUGAACCAGAAGGAUCUGCUCGAGUACAUAUCAUCAUCAAUAGAAAUUGACAACGAAGACUUAUCUUCCCUGAAAAUAAAAAAUUACCAAAAAGAAAAAGAGCUUCAAAAUAUGAAAGCAGCCUACAGUAUGCAGACAACCAAUAUUCACUACCUCAUCAACAGGGUAAUAUUCAAAGAAUGUGAGUAUGAAAACUUGAAGAACAAAAGUUUGACAUUGGAACAGGAGAUAAAUAAAUUGAUCCAGGAAAUUAACUCUUUAAUCAGUCAGAACAAGGAAGGGUUGUACAUGCAAAAGGCAUUUAUUGAUUAUAAGUGCAAAUGUGUGUUGAAGUUACAAGAGCUGCAACCUCUUCUAGGGGAAUACUAUUACGACAUUUUUAAUUACAUCACAUCAUGUAGAACAUUAGGACAAUUAAGCAUCUGGAUUCCUGUUUUUGAAACAAGAACAGAAUCUCUGGAAACUAUUGCAAAUAAUUUAAUUAAAAUUAUGCUAAAUGGAUUAGGUGCUCCUUUCAAUUCAUCACCUCAGUAUUUCCUGUCAAACAAAAAAUUAUUGAAGAAGUCCAUAUCUAUAGAAUCCGAAGAAGACAGCUAUAUUAACAAUAUAGCUAAAAGGAAAAUCAUAGAUAAUUAUUUACUCAACCAUUUUAAUAGCUUCAACACGACAAAGGAAAAUAAUUCACACUUUUCAAACUGUCAUUCUUUAUGUGUAAACAGUGAGGAAUCAUCCUCCUUCCUAGGAACAGAAGAAUUGUUCCUCAAUUCGUCCAAAUUCCCCUCCAUGCAUUCAGUGGUACAAAAGGGUGGAGUCAAUAGUAACGUCAAUCGUAACAUCGUUCGUAACAUCGUUCGUAACAAUAGCAGUAGCAAUAAUAACGGAUGGAGGAAAAAAAACAGAAGAGAAAAUUUUCUGAACAAACUGAACAGAUCGAACACUACACCAGAGCGCUUCUGUGUUAGUAAGGAGUCCUACACCAAUAGUGAUGCCCAUAAUAUCAGAAAUGGACGUGACUUUCCCGCCACUUAUAUGCAGGAACAGGCCCAUAAAAUAGAUGCUACUUUGAUGUCAGAUGAAAGACAUCCUCUUAAGCGCAAGCAGGGGGGAAGUAGCUAUGAGGAGAAGGAAAUGAAAAAGAUAAAAUCCAUUGGUAAGGAAUGUAGUAUUAUAAAUGACUUGUCCAAUGACACACUCGAUGGAGGCAAGGGUGAACGUAUCGAGGUGGGAUUGAUGAGCAAAGGGGAAGAGUCCUCACGCUUACAGAAACCAUUUAGAGAAAGUAAAUCCAACAAGGGCCACAGAACUGAGACGAAUGUAUACACCGAAACAAGAGACAAAUUGACGGAGGAGCCAUACACGAAAGAUUGGUGCCAGAAGAUACAUGAGCACGAAUAUGACUUGCAAAAUGAAGGAAAUGAAGAUGAUGAUAUGGUCGAUGUUUAUAACAGUAUGGUCGAAGGUAAGUCAGCACUCACAUGUUGGCAGAGGAGUCAAAAGGGGGGGAGCGAAAAUGAGGCAUUUGACGAUCUAAUGGAGAUAGUCCGAAUUGACAAAAUAGGGGACGGCACCACCCUCCCAAAUGUGGGCGACGAAAGGGAGAGUGCAGCUAGCAGUGUCGUAGAAGUUGCAUCCGAUGGGAGAGAAGUACCCAAGGGGCGACCGGUCUGCGGGGCGGAGCCCCAAAUGUGCAUAAACAUAGAUACGGACAUGGAGGCGGAAAUGGAAGAAGAGAUAGACGUUGAAAUUGAACCCGAAAUGGAGGCGGAUCUCAACGCAGGGGCGGACGCAUUCAUGAAUUGUCAACCAGUCAAACGCAAUAGCGCGCAACCUUCCACCCACGUGAAACGAAAGAGUGGUGCAGAAUUAGAGAUAUUAAACAAAAGCGAACGAGAAUACGAAUUCGGGAACAAAAAGGGCAAUGUUGAAGAAAGGGGAAAGGAUGCAAAAUGCGCACCGAAGAAUCAGAAAAGAUCAAGUGAAGCUAUGAAGCAAAAGCGAUUGAAGGAUCUGGAUAGUACUGUGGAGGAAAGGGGACAAGACACAAAGAAAAAAAAAGUAAAGAGCAAAGGGAAAGUAGAGACAUGUCAUAGUUAA